AUGAGAGUGACGCACGUUUUGAAUUGCCUCAUUGCUUUUUUACUUGUGCAUCAGCCAUCAGUCAGAAAAUUGAGCUUAUUAGUGCCUGACACUCUCAGAGUCCCUCCUACAAUUUGUUUCUCGAGUCUCAAGAUUUUACACCUUGACUAUAUCACAUUUCAGGAUGAUCUUUCUGCUCAAAGGCUGUUUUCUGGCUGCCCUGUGCUUGAGGAGAUUGAAUUAUUUGAAAUCAAGUGGCACAAUGUCACUAUUGUAAGCAUUUGCACUCCAAAGCUCCAAAGCUUAAAGAUAAAAGACCUAGAAAUUGAUGACCAUGAUUGGGAUGAAUCAGAUGGUUGUCGGGUCAUGAUAUUUGGAACUUCUCUGAAAUAUUUUGAGUAUUCUGGUGAACCUUCAAAUGACUAUUGCUUGUGUGAGUUAUCCUCAAUGGAGAAGGUGGAGGUUAAAAUAGAUAAUGUGGGUCCUCGGUUAAAAAUAGCUGCAUACCGUUUAUAUAAACUUUUGAUGGGGAUCUCUAAGUUGUUCAGUUCGUAG